AACCAGACGACGCGACACGAUCCGCGAUGAAACAACAUCACCAGACUCUACUAACGAGACCAUCCGACUCCGCGAGCAAAGACUCUCGAGGCAGUUACGCGGUAAACCAUCCUAUCCGACCCGUUUAUCAACGAAACGAGGCGAAACGAAGACGAGUCGUCGAAGACAUCGCUACAGGAGAUCCAGUAGGAAUCCCCUUCUUAUAUAACAAUUUAUCUAUCGACCCACUUCACCCGUGUACUUCGAUCAUGCGGCCCUCUUGGCAGAGUGCAUUUCCUUGGCGUCCCUACCGGCCCUCUCGUCCUCCGCGUCUCCCACUCCCAUCGACGACCGAGACCCAUCUCGUCACGACCAUUGUCCUGCCGUCCCCAGCGCUACCUCCAAUUCCGUCAGCUGCGUAUGAGCCUCACACCGCGGCUCUCGACACACGUUUCCCGUGUCCCAGUGCGAAUGCGGGUACUCCGUCCACCGACUCUCUCGACUACACCAACAAUUCCGUGCUCCAUUCCACUCGCAUAUAUGAUACCCACGCUACCGGUCACUGAUCCGGUGCGCUAUCGCCAAUGACUCCCUCUCCGCUUCGCUCCGUAACGGCAUCUCUAAGCCGUCGAGGCAACCGCCAACU